AUGAGCUCGCCCGGCACCGGCGCCGAGGGCGCGGGGAAAAGCCUGCAGUACCGCGUGGACCACCUCCUGAGCGCCGUGGAGAGCGAGCUGCAGGCGGGCAGCGAGAAGGGCGACCCCACGGAGCGCGAGCUGCGCGUGGGCUUGGAGGAGAGCGAGCUGUGGCUGCGCUUCAAGGAGCUCACCAACGAGAUGAUCGUGACCAAGAACGGCAGGAGGAUGUUCCCGGUGCUGAAGGUGAGCGUGUCGGGUCUGGACCCCAACGCCAUGUACUCCUUCUUGCUGGACUUCGUGGCGGCUGACAACCACCGCUGGAAGUACGUGAACGGGGAGUGGGUGCCUGGAGGCAAGCCCGAGCCACAGGCCCCGAGUUGUGUCUACAUCCACCCGGACUCGCCCAACUUCGGGGCGCACUGGAUGAAGGCGCCGGUGUCCUUUAGUAAAGUCAAGCUUACCAACAAGCUCAACGGAGGGGGCCAGAUCAUGCUGAAUUCCUUGCACAAGUAUGAACCUCGGGUUCACAUCGUGAGAGUUGGGGGUCCGCAGCGCAUGAUCACUAGCCACUGCUUUCCGGAGACCCAAUUUAUUGCGGUGACAGCCUAUCAGAAUGAGGAGAUCACAGCUCUUAAAAUCAAAUACAACCCGUUUGCCAAAGCUUUCCUUGAUGCAAAGGAAAGAAGCGAUCACAAAGACCUGAUGGAAGAACCAGGGGACAGCCAGCAGCCUGGGUAUUCCCAAUCAGGGGGGUGGCUUAUUCCUGGCACCAGCACCCUUUGCCCACCAGCCAGCUCCCAUCCUCAGUUUGGAGGCACGCUCUCCCUCCCUUCCACACAUGGCUGCGAGAGAUACCCAGCCCUGAGGAACCACCGCUCUUCACCCUACCCCAGCCCGUACGCUCAUCGGAACAGUUCUCCAACCUAUGCCGACAACUCGUCUGCGUGUUUAUCGAUGCUGCAGUCUCAUGACAACUGGUCCAGCCUCGGCAUGCCUGCCCACGCCAGCAUGCUCCCCAUGAGCCACAACGGCAGCCCACCCACUGGCUCUAGCCAGUAUCCCAGCUUGUGGUCUGUGAGCAAUGGCACGAUCACCCCAGGUUCCCAGACAGCCGGGGUAUCCAAUGGGUUGGGAGCCCAGUUCUUUCGAGGCUCCCCUGCACACUACACGCCCAUGACCCACGCCAUCCAGGCCGCCACGUCCUCCUCCGGCUCUCCGCUGUACGAAGGGGCUGCCGCGGUCCCAGAUGUUCCUGAUGGGCAGUAUGACGCCUCCACCCAGGACCGUCUCAUAGCCUCAUGGACACCUGUGUCGCCUCCCUCCAUGUGA